AUGUACAACGGAAGACCGUCCAAUACGGCAGACGAAAAUAUGGAGGCGAAUCGGAUACCAGAGAUUACUAUGGAAGAUCUACCGGCGGAAGAUAUACUGAUGGCAGGAUUUCUAUUUGAGGAAACGUACCCAGAGACACCAAUGCCAGAAGAACCGAUGACGUUCGGGGAGCCAAUGACUGAGGUGAUGAUGGCAGAUGCCUUGAUGGACUUCCUCAUGUCAGAGGGACAGAUGAAUCAAGUCCCUUUGGAAGAGACACAGACGACAGAAGCCUUUGUGGAAGAGUCGCAGAUGGGCGAAUUGCCAUUUGGGCAAACAUUCAUGGAGAUACCAAUUCCAGAAGAACAAAUGACUGAGGAACAAACAACAGAGGCAAUGAUGAGAUCGACGUUUCUGCAACCACUCACGCCAGGGCAGCAGAUGUAUCAAGUUUCUUUGGGACAGGCACAGACGACAGAAGAGCAGAUGGUGGACACCCCAAUGGAAGAAGUACCAACAGUGACACCCUUUCCACGGAGACAGCCACUGGAACGACCUCCCCGCUGGCAACACGCUACGGCCACUCAGAGCAGGCUACAAAGAGCCCUUCACAUCCACAAAUUAGAAUACCAACUCUAUCAGUACAAGUUGAAUCGUGAAGAGAUUCAGGAGUUUGGACCGCCUGAGACCCGGAGAUUUCUGGUAGGCAUGAGACCCGCUCCACAAAUGGGUGGCACAAUGUCGUUGGGGGAGCAAGUGAACAACACAGUACCGUUGGGGGAGUACAUGGACAUCACAGUACCAUUAGAGGAGAGCCCUAAUGGCGAAGGGCAACUCGACUCUGAGCAGCUAUCAGACUCUGAGCAGCUAUCCGACUCUGAGCAGCAAGCCGACUCUGAGCAGCUAUUCGAUUUGGAUCAGCUACUCGACUUGGAUCAGCUACUCGAAUUGGAGCAGCAAUCUGACUCGGAGCAGCAAUCUGAAUCGGAACAGCAAUCUGGUUCGGAACAGCAAUCUGGUUCGGAGCAGCAAUCUGAAUCGGAGCAGCAACUCGACUCCGCCACGAUGAAUGCCUUACUGGUACCACGCAAGCAUCUUCAGAUAAACCAGUUCAACGAAGCCAUCCAAGCUAGAGACCAUACGAGAACCGCGACAAGCGAAAGUUCAAUCUUGUCCACCAUGCCCACAGCAUAUGAAACGUGGAAGAUGGAGAAAGAGUAUUCAGAUCUCAAGGAUGGCUUGAAGGUUUAUCUACGGACCGUUUCAGAAGACGAGAUUGAAAGUAAUCACCGCUCAAGUUUAUGGAGUCAAUCUGCUAUGGGCAGGCUCAACCUCUUUCGUUCCCGUGGCUAUGGAAGCAGCCUUAGAGAAGUCAUUUCCGUCGACGAGGAGUGGCCCGAGGACGACUGGGCCAAUGCAGGGUUGGAGGAGGCGAAUGCGAAUGCGCCUUUUAUGGUGAAAUUUAUCGCAAAGAUGAGGUUGCGGCCGGUUCUCGUGGUCAACAAGACUACCGCGACACUACAGGUCAACAUGCACUUGAGAAGAUUGGACAACCAGCCGCUCCCCUUGGUCACUGACGCGUCUCGUGCGACGCUGAGACGCGCAGCGUCAACAAACCCGCGUCAACACAUGCAAACCUUGAUUGCCGAGGCUGCUGUCUGGGCAACUGAUCCGCCACUUUUACUCGGGAUUCCGUUGCGCCGGCGUCCAUCUUGUCCAUCCAUAUUCUAG